GAAAGUCAUCGUCCACCACCAGAAGAUGAAUGGAGACGUUCAACAGCCGAAGUUGAUUACGAACCAAGACCACCGCGUCAUGUCGUUGCAAGAGAACCUGGCUUAGAGCGAUCACGCUCACGUUCGCCAAUUAGGCGUCGAAGUCCAGAUUCCGAUUCGGACUCGUCGAGCCGACGAAAUGGUAUGCUUACGGCAGCACGUACACUACCUGAAGUGGCCAGAAAGUGUACUACCAAUUGGGGUGGCGCAUUGAUUCUCAAGAGUUCACUGUUUCCGGCCAAGUUUCACUUGACCGAUGGUGACACUGAUAUUGUUGAUGGUUUGAUGAAAGAUGAAGAAGGUAAACCUCAUUUGCGUAUUACCCAACGGUUGCGUCUCGAUCAACCAAAAUUGGAAGAUGUUCAAAAGAGAAUAUCUUCAUCGUCGUCGCAUGCAAUAUUUCUUGGUUUGUCUGGAUCAACACAAUCGGUUCAAAUUGAUGAUCCUAACGUGCAAACGAGACCGCUACGAAAUCUUGUAUCGUAUUUGAAGCAAAAAGAGGCAGCUGGUGUCAUUUCAUUGCUUAACAAAGAGACCGAAGCAACUGGCGUUCUAUACGCAUUUCCACCGUGCGAAUUUUCGUCGGAGUUAUUAAAACGAACAUGUCACAAUAUUACAGAAGAUGGUUUGAAGGAAGACCAUUUGGUGAUUGUUGUAGUGCGGGGUGGUACUGCUUAAGCAGCAUUCAAGAUGAAAUGAAACACACAAAUUCUUUUUCCAUUCUCAAAAUAUAAACAUACAAUUCAUUUUGAAUAUCCAUUUGAAACAAUAAAAAAAAAACAAGUUAGAUUUAAAAUAGGACUACAGUGUAAUUUGCAACAGAAAAUCGAGUGAAUCGGUUUGUGCGAGUGAGUGUUUUGACGUGAAAAAUAAAAGUUAAUCGAGAAACAUAAAAUACAAUGUCAGAAUCGCAACGGAAGAAUUGAACAAACAAAUAAGCAAAACCAAACAAACAAUUUGCGAAUGAUAAAUUAGAAAAUUUCAAUGAGCCGUUUGGUCAAGGUGGUGCAAUGCAUGUGAACAUCAUGUUGAUUUCAAUUUUUUUUUUAAAUUUAAAGAAAGAUGCAUUUGACACAUUUUUUAAACAUUUUUUUUUUUUUUUUUCAUUUUUAAUGCAUCGUCUUUUGCACCAUAGUAUGACAUCAAUACAUUUAUUCCAUUGCUUAGUUUAAAUGCGCAUCAUCACGAACCAUUGCACUACUGCGAUCAAUAUUUUACAAUAGUUAAGUUGAUAAUAUGAUUGUUUUAAAGCUAUUGAAAAUGUAAUAGUGCAAACGAAAAUACCAACAGCAACAAAAAAAACAGCAAAUCCUUUAUUUUACGCAUAAAAAAAGAGAAAAAAAAAAUAACAAUGAAAGUUUCAAUUAUGUGUUCGCUUCUAAGAUCUAAUGUUUUGGGUAUAAGUUAAAUUAAAACCCAUCCCUCCCACAACAGCAACAACAUCAAUCGUUGGAUGACAAAAUUUGUGAAAAAAAAAAUACAGUUUCAGUUCAGUUUUUCUGGUUUAGUUUAUAGUUUCUUAUGGUUUAAAUAAAAAUGGUUUGAUCCACAUCUAGCCAAAUGCCAUCGAUGACAUAAUCAAAACACAAAAACAAACAUCGUGUGCAUUUUUUUUAAUGUUUCUGAUCUCUUGAACCGAUAUUCAAUCAAGAUCAGCCGCACAAAACAACAACAAUCGCGAUGAAACUAAAUAAAUAACAUUCAUGAUGAGUGUCUGUUCAAGUGAAUCUAUUCCGAAUCGAAGUUUGAUAAAGUUUAUUUUUGGUUAUUUUGUUUUGUGCAUGUGAAAGAGAUCAUCGAAAUAAGAAAAACGCGUAAAGUUCUGGUUUUUUUGUUGUAAUUCUUCAGUAAAAUAAUGUGUGAAAGUAAAACUGGCAUCGGUGAAAGAGAUUACGUCAUAAGAAAGGCAUUACGUCUCAUUUUCAAAAUAUUCAAUAAAAUGCGAUGCAAAUUUUGUGAGAGUUUCAGUGGUUCAAGUUUAAAAAAAAAUAUAUAUAUAUAUAUAUUUUUAAAGUGAAACGUUUCCAACAUGCACACACAUUUGAUUGUUCUUCAAAGUUUUUCAAAACAUAGUUCUUUUUUUGAUUUUGUUUUUAUCGAUUGUUUAUUUUCGUACAAAUUGAGUUGUUUGAACAGCCAAUUUGAUGAAAUAUUGUGCGUGCACGCGAUACACAGUUCUUUGCAAACAGAAAUUGUGAUUUUAUUUCACAUCAUUAUUUACUUUCACACCGUGUUUGUUACUAGAGGGUCCAUUCUAUUUAACAUUCAUACGAUUCAAAUGUAAUCAGUUCAGUUUAUGUGUAUGUGUGUACGUAUGUGAAAUAAAUGAUCAUAUACCCAGUGUCGGUCAAAUACAGAUAAAACAGAUGAACACAACACGGCAUCCUAUGAAUAGUGACAAUAUUGCAUGUUUUUUUUGCUAAGAUUCUUUUUGUUUUCGUUUAAUUUGUGAAAUUUGCCUACUCAUCGUCAAUGCAAUUUGUUUUUUUUUUUACAUAGAUACAGUUGAUUUGAAGUGUGGUCAUCUCUUUGCAAAAAGAGAACCAGCGUGAAUAAUUCUCUUUUAAAUCCUCGAUUUUUAGUAUUUGUAUCAGCAUUGUGAAAUUUAUCCAACAAAAGUGUGUGAUGUCGUGCAUAAUGAUGAAAUGGUUCUAUGUUGUUAAAUAACAAUCACACAAACAAAGUUUGAUCGCAUUUUUUUUCGAUUAUAUCGAUAAUUGACCAAAUUGAUUUCGUUUUUUUUUUUCAUCUCAAAAAUGUUUGAAAUACAAAUGGAAAUUGCAAAAAUUAAUGGCGAAUUUAAAUAAAAAAAAGAAAAAAAAUGGUUCGGUAAAUUGAUUGGGAAACGGGCCGGUCAGUGAGCAAAAUGAAAUCAUUAAUGUGAAUCAUGAUGUCAUGAUGAAAGUUUUUUUUUAUCGUUUCACUUAUUUUAUAUUUCGAGAUUUUUUUUUUUUUCAAAAAAGAAAAUUUACAACUCUAUGACUUAUUCAGGAAAGACAAACGUUUGAAAAUAAUGAUGAUAACGAUGAAUUAUUAACUCAGUAUACAAUCUAUCCUAUAUUCAAUAUAAUUAAGAGCAAAAAAACAAUAAAAUAAAUAAAAAUCGAUUUGGUGGUGAUGUUUUUAA